AUGGGUGAUGAGUCAGUGCCAUUUUUGCUGGACCAAGGAACCACUAAAACAUAUCAAAUACCUAUUGGACAUCUGGACUACAAGUUCAUUGAAAAAUGCACAGAUAUUAAAUACCUGGAAAAGAUUCUCAGGGUAUUAAGGUCUGGUGAAGAGGGGUGUUAUCCUGACCUUACAUUGUUUUGUGAAAAGCGCAUUGAGCAUUUAGAUCCAAGGAACAGAGCUCUGAGAAAAGAUAAGCCUGCAGCCACGGCUUCUGAUUUCACAGCUGCAGAAUGGGAAACAAUUAAUGAUGAACUGAUGAGCUGGGUGACAGAAAUGAAUGAAGAUGAUAAGAAACCACAGUUCCUGAGAACAGACACACUGCAUGAAAGACAAGAUAACUUGCCUCCUAUUCGUUGUUCCAGCAGCUGUCUUCCUGCUAAUCAGAACAAAAAAAUACAAAACAAACAAAGAAACAAGAAAAAUUUACCACGGGAUUACAGUGAAUGGGACAAGUUCAAUGUGGAAAAGGAGUGUUCUAAAAUUGAUGAAGGCUAUGAAGAAAAUAACUCAAAAGCAAGAUUCUUUAGUAGGCCAAGUCCACCUGUAAUUGAAAAGAAAAUAGACACAACUGGCAUGACAAAGAAAGAGAAGAUUUUUAUUGCUAAUCGUGAAAAAGAAAAGGGCAAUGAAGCCUUUGGCAUUGGCGAUUAUGUAGAAGCAGUGACUUACUACACUCGGAGUAUAUCAGUAAUACCCACUGCAGCUGCAUAUAAUAACAAAGCUCAAGCAGAAAUCAAACUUCAGGACUGGGACAGUGCUUUGCAGGAUUGUGAGAAGGUACUAGAUAUGGAACCUGGCAACAUAAAAGCUCUGAUGCGCCGUGCCACUGUACACAGUCAGCUGCAGAAUUACCAGACAGCUAUAGAGGAUCUAAACAAAGUAUUAUGUGUUGAACCAGACAACGCUGUAGCUAAGAAAAAUCUGCUAGAGAUUGAAAAGAAACUGAAAGGUUUAAAGCCUGUAUCUGAGACUCAAGGCAAAGGAAAAAGAAUACUUAUUCAAGAUAUAGAGGAUUCAGAAGGUGAUGAAGAAAGAGGGAAAAAUAUAGAAGAACAUGAAAGACACAGUGGAGAUAAAACCGGGUCUCGCUCGGCUGGCGGUGACGGGGCCGCUUCGCUUCCUCCUGCCGCAGCCAGCCUGAAAAACGAAGGAAACGAGCUGUUUAAGAGCGGACAGUUUGGAGAAGCUGUGCUCAGAUACUCGGAAGCGAUUGAGUGUGUCACUGGUUUAGGAGAACAAAGUCCGGAUGAUUUAAGUAUCUUGUACUCAAACAGAGCAGCGUGUUACCUCAAAGAAGGGAACUGCAGUGACUGCAUUCAGGAUUGUAACAGAGCUCUGGAGCUUCAGCCAUUUUCCCUUAAGCCUCUUCUACGACGAGCAAUGGCAAAUGAAUCUAUGGAGCAGUAUCGCCAGGCGUAUGUUGAUUAUAAAACAGUCCUACAAAUAGACAGCAGCAUCCAAGCAGCAAAUGAUAGUGCUAAUAGAAUAACAAAGACUUUAAUAGAUCAGGAUGGUCCGAGUUGGAGGGAGAAACUGCCACCAAUUCCAGUUGUCCCAGUUGCUGCUCAGCUACGUAGGUGGGGUGGGGGAAACUUUGCUUCAGAGAAUAAGCCAAGAAGUGCUACAGAUAACAACAGAGAAGAACAGCUGCAGAUGAAUCGUGAGAAGUUGUUCAAGACAUUAAAGAAUGAAGGGAAUGAUUUUGUCAAAAAGGGUAAAUAUGAAGAAGCUGUGAAUAAAUACAGUGAAUGCAUGAAGUUAAAUACAGAGGAAUGUACGAUCUACACUAACAGAGCUCUCUGUUACUUGAAACUGUAUAAAUAUGAAGAGGCUAAGCAGGAUUGUGAUCAUGUUCUUCAGAUAGAAGAUUCUAAUAUUAAGGCUUUUUAUAGAAGAGCACUAGCGUACAAAGGAUUACAGAAUUAUCGAGCCAGUGUGGAUGAUUUCAGCAGAGUACUUCUAAUAGAUCCAAAUGUUCUUGAAGCAAAAAAGGAGCUGGAGGAGGUAACCCAGCUGCUUAACCUUGACAGCAGCGCGGUAGCUGGCAGUCAACAAAAGCAAAGGAAGAAAAUAACCAUACAAGAGGUGACUGAUGAACAGGAAGAGAGACAGUUUGCUACAUCAGAAGAUGUUGUGACUGGUGAUGUAACUUCUAAGGGUGCAGCUCAGAAGAGCGUGCCACUGAAGACCGCUGGGCAACUGUGUGUUUCAGAACCAUCUAAUGCCUACGACUUUGGUCAGCUUGUAAACACAGUGAAUACCAAUAAGGAUAAAGCUGCUUGUGCAGAUCUUUUAACAAUUACUGAUCCAAAAAAAUUGCCAAUGCUGCUAAGUAACAAGCUUGAAGGAGAAAUCUUUUUGAUUUUUAUCCAGUCAUUGGAAUAUUACAUAGUUGGAAAGGAUCCUGGCCUUGUCUAUCAGCACCUCUUCCACCUGAGCAAAGCAGAAAGAUUUAAGGUGGUGCUGGCCCUUCUUGGCAAAAAUGAAAAAGAACAGGUUCAGCAACUGUUUGACUUGCUUUCAGAACACCAGAAUCAUCAGUAUUCUUCAGAAGAUCUUGAGAGCCUUAAAAAGGUUUAUGAACUUUAA